UGCACCGUGCCAUCAUCACUCAGUCGUGCAUUACCGAGAUGAGCAAGCGAUCUUUAAUACUUUUCCUGAUAGCUUUUGUGCUGAUUGUCCAUGCGGCAGCAACAGAUUCAGCCAAAUCAAGAGAAAAGCGUUCCCCAAAGCCACAGUUUGGGAGAUUUGUCGGUAGUUUCAUAGCCAGAUGGAUUCCUAAGGUGUCAAAAGAGAUCCCAAAGAUUGUUAAGCUAGUUCGUAAAACGGCUACGUCGGUUGGGAACUUUGUUUCUAAAAAUCCAGGGACAUCAGUAGCAGGAGGUGCCGCCGUUGGCGUUGGCGUUGGCGUUGGCCUUGGCGUGGCAACAGGUAAAAAGCAAUGUGAAGUGUAUAUCAAAAGGGAUCUUCCGGAGCUGCAGCCAGUUUUCAUAAGAGAUGGAACUCCUCGUUCGUUGAUGGUCCCUACAGAUGGUUAUCUCACUUGGGCGCAUGGGGAGACGUCCUCGAUAGCAUGUCCUCCUUCUGCUGGAUCUCAAAAUUCCAUCAGUGGUACCAAUAGCACAGUCGAAACCAUCACAUGUGACAAUGGAUUGAUGUUUCUAAUGAAUGGCACAACAGUGAGCAUCAGUACGGUAACGUGCGUUCGAAAGGUCACUGGAAACUACCAACUGAGGCCAGAUCCACAAUGCCUGGGAACCAACAAAGCAAUAGGGUUUAAUGUGCCUUUCCCAACUGGGGAUAUGUUUUUUGAUCUAUUCUGUUCCUGUUUUGAUGAAGCGAGUGCUUUUACACUCUUUACCCAUCACGUGCUCUUCGGCAACGAAAUCGGUCAUAAAAGCAUCUACAAUAGUAGCAGACCGGAUUUCAAGUCAAUUGGCUUUACAAGUAGAUUUUUUGUAAGUACUGCCUACACUCAGUUGAGUCAGAAGUUAAGAUUGACGGAAUUGUUCAGUGUUCAAACGGGGAACAGUAUCGCCCAAACAGACGCACAAAGUUACUACAAUCGAUCCUACCUGCAAAGAGGUCAUCUUACUCCGGACGGUGACGAACUGUUCACAACCUGGCAAUGGUCAACUUACUUCUUUAUCAACGUUGCCGGUAUGUGGGAAAAAAUUAACAUCGGCAACUGGAAGACCAUAGAAACCAAGGUUCGCACUUUAGCAAACGAGUCAAAGCAAACUUUUGAAAUCUAUACUGGAACAUACGGAACAUUAGCGCUUUGCUCAUCAACCAACUAUUGCCCGAGCUUCACCUUGGUGGACGGAGGGAUUCCAGUACCAAAAUGGCUGUGGAAAAUAGUGAAAGUUCCCACUAUGGAUGCGGCAAUAGCUUUGGUAGUCAGUAAUAAUCCUUUCAUGGCAGUUUCUCCCAUCUGUGGAUCGAGACAAAACGAUUACGGAUGGCACCAGAAUGAAUUCGACAACUUCCAGACCGGUGAAGUGAGCUACUGUAAAGUACAGGAGUUGCAAAGUGUGGUCGGAUAUAUUCCGCAGUCAGCACUGGCGACACAUGUUCUAGCAUUCCAGUAACAUUCUAGGAAAACGCUUCAAAUCGAUGCAUUGACUUAUUACGCCCCUUGCUUAUUAUCCUUCGGCUAACAAUCACUUAAAUAAUGCAUUAAAAAAAAACUAUUACGGAUUAAAGUUAUACAGAGUUAUUGUCCCUAAUAUUCACUAGCAACCAAAAAUAUCAAUUUAAAUUGUCCAGAUGACGCAUUGUUCUAAGAAAAAUUUAAGAUUUGAAUUGAUGGGCCCAUUCUAUAGGUGCAUGGGGCAACAUUAGGGCCAUUUGCUCUG